AUGACGUUUUCUGUCGUUGUAUUUAAAAAUGAAAAUGUUGUUGAGGCUGUUCCUAGUAAUUGGCUAUCAAAAGAUGGCAUUAAGUGUGCGUGGCCAAAAUCAAAUUUCAACCCCCAAAAACGGAUUGAAAAAAUGAUGCAUCCAAAUACAUAUGAAUACAACUGGUAUAGUGUCCGGGUUUUGGCAACAGAUAUUAUAAGUUUAAAAGAAGCUAAAAUGAAAGCUACUAAAGCAACUUAUACAUCUGACUUGUCAUCAUCAAACGAAGGAAAAGAAACCAGGAAGGACAGAUUCAAAAAACAAUUUGAUGAUGAAAAUUGUUUAAAGAAUUCUAUUCAAAGGACUAAAAAAGACAAAAUAUUAGAGGCCGUCCCACAGACAGCACUAAGUCCUCCCAAGUUUAUAGAGGGAUCUGAUGUUACAGAUAUUGAUGAUUCGGAUGCCGACAUGACAUAUACUCCUCAAAAACUAAACGGCAAAAGAAAAUCGCCAGUUAAAUUAUUUGAUGAACGGGUGAGGGAAAAGAAUAGUAGAAUAAAUUACAAACCAAAUUUGUUAUGUGGAUCAAUCAAAUCACCUCAAAAAUUAUCUCUUAGUGAAAAUAAUGUGACAAUAAUGAACUCACCCACUGGCAUAUGGAAUAUAACUGAUGAUAAUGAUGGCAAAGACAACAUGACAAUACAUAAUAACAAAUUCAACAACAAACUCGAGAAAAUUCAAAAAGAACUUAACGGUAAAAUUGUAAAAUAUUAUAUAUACUUAGGUACCUAA